GGAAGAACGUCAACAUUACGUUAAACAACGGCGAAGUGCGUUCGAAUUUUGAUCUUGAGCGCCUUCUACCGCCACAUUACUUUUCCCCGUUGAAUUUUCGGAAAUUUGGUUUCGAAUUGUUCAAUUACCUUGCUUACCAUGCUUCGGUAGUAGCCAGUCUUUUUGGGUUUUGGAGCAGCAAGAGCACGAAAACCGCCACGAUGGGCAUUAAAGGAAUCUACAAGGAAAUUGGCCCUGGAAACCGCAUUUCCCUUUGCAAGCUCGCCAUCGAUACCCUCGAACAAACCGGCCGACCGCUCCGGUUAGCCAUCGACUUCUCAAUAUGGCAAUAUCAGGUGCAAGCAGCUCGGGGUGGCGCCAAUCCCGCAAUCCGCACACUAUUCUACCGCCUCGUCCGCCUCCUCGGCCAUGCCAUCCACCCGAUUUUUGUCUUCGACGGCCCGAACAAACCCGCUUUCAAACGAAACAAGCGCUCAUCCGGCCGGGGUGAUGCCGUAGCCAGAGCCAUGGCCAAACGCCUCAUUCGACUCUUCGGUUUUGCGAUGCACGACGCCCCCGGUGAAGCGGAGGCCGAGUGCGCGCUCCUCGAGCAGCAGGGCGUUGUCGACGCCGUUCUCAGCGAGGACGUGGACACAAUCAUGUUUGGCUGUCGAAAGACGCUACGGAACUGGUCUGCUGAGGGCACAAAGGGCUCCAAGACGCCGACGCACGUGUCCAUGUAUGACGCCGCCGCUGUGGCUGCGGGGACGAGCAAACUGGAUAGGGAGGGGAUGGUGCUCGUUGCGUUGAUGAGUGGGGGGGAUUACCUUCCCGAGGGCGUGCCCGGGUGCGGCGUCAAGGUUGCCUGCGAGGCGGCGAGGGGUGGAUUUGGGCGGGACCUGUGCCGGAUUAAGAAAGCGGACGGGGACGGCCUGGCGGCAUGGAAGGCGAGGCUUUUGCAUGAGCUGCGGACAAAUGAGAGUGGAAUUUUUCGAACGAGGCACAAGGCCUUGGAUAUACCGGAGAGCUUUCCGAACAUGGAAAUCCUGCGGUACUAUACGCACCCGGUUGUGUCGCAGAAGGCUACCGUCCAACGACUCAAGAGCGGGUUUCCUCCGGCGAGCGGCGUGGAUGUCGUGGGGCUGAGAGAGUUUACCCGCGAAACGUUCGACUGGGCAUUCAAGAUCGGCGCCGUCAAGCUUAUUCGCGUCUUGGCCCCGAGUCUUAUGGUUCAGCAGUUUCUCGACAGGUCCAUGUCCGCGGAUACACAUGACGACAACCUCGAUCUGAAGCAAAAAGAGGAGUCAGCGCUCGUUAAAGCAAUCUCAAGCAAGCGCGCGCAUUUUAGCACAGAUGCUACGCUCGAGGUACGAGUCUCCUUUGUUCCAGCUAAUAUUGUCAAACUGGACUUGGGCCAGGAACCGGAAGAGGAGGUCGAGGCCUUCGGCCGUAGUGGCAUCGCGUUAAACAGCGACGACGAGUUCGACGAAGAUGCUGGGGAGGAACUGGGCAGUGAGCAGCCGAAAUCGAGCGCCAAGAAGCCGUUCGACCCGCUGCAGCCAGACUUGGUCUGGAUCCCAGCGACACUUGCAAAGUUGGGAAUUCCUUUGACAGUUGAGGACUGGGAAGGGAAGCAACGAUUGAAGGAGCAACGAGUAGCCGCCAAGGGUACUAGGCAGCCGAGGACCAAAAAGGCGGGCAUGCCAGAUGGGGCCUUGGAUAAAUAUGUCAAGGUGACCAAGAACGUGGUUAGCAGCACGGCGAAAGACGUGCCAUGUUUGGAACCCGCAUCAUCGCCUCUGAGGACCAGCAGCCAGCGCAAUCCCCCCCCGCCGAAGGGAAGAAGUAAGCAGUCUAAGAAGACCUCUACCUCUUCCCAGGCCAAACCAUUCGCCGACAUCAACCCUUGGACGCUCGCAAACUCACAACUUAGUCCUAGGGUUACCAAGUCUCUUUCAACUACCGCCUCACAGGCUCAACCCAAGCCCAGCUCUGUACGGGAGGCAAUUCUUAUCUCAUCUAGCCCGGUCGCCCCUGCGUCGCCUGAGACCUCUAGCGCGAGUGUGAGGCACACCCAGACGACGCCAACGAGGGUAAAGCGUCUAAGUUCUCCGGGAGGAGAGGCCUCCUCACCGGCGUCGCUAUUCGGUCCGUCUCCAAGCCCGAGACAACCGCAGUUCCCGGUUUUCGAAGAGCCAGCUGAAAACCAGCAACCUGCUGCGGCGACACAACCGACGAGGAAAGCGAGAUCGUUCAAGAAGGUCAAGAGUGGCGCAGACGGCUCCACAAACACCUCAACGCAGAAGUCGAUCAAGGCCUUUGGUCGGGUGCUGAAGAACGUAGACUCUUCGCAAGCUGGUUCAAAGCCCGACACCUCCGACGCACAGCCGAUCGAAAUCCUGUCCGACGAUGACGAUGUCCCGCUGCCACCACUGACGAGACCGCCAGCUACGAGCAUAAUAAGCCAGAAUGCCCCUUGUAUCGAUAGUGUCUUUGGGUUUGUCAGUGACGACGACCCAUUCGCCUCACCACCGGCACCUCGCCGCGCAAUGUCGCCAUGUUCCCUUCCGAUCCACGCCGAUGCGCCGGCUUCGUCAGCCCAGCGCAAGCCGGGACCGGACCCCCGACCCGAUAUGAAGGGUACGAAUGCGGCCAAUGAUCACACAACUGGCACCGCUACCAUUUCCACGACAAAGGGUGCAUCAACAGAACUCUACAUCCUUGACACGAGCCUCAAGGGCAAAGCCUACAUCGGCACCCUGGAGGUCGACCGUGACGAAGCAGACCGGGUGCAAGCUGCUCACAACGCCCCUCGACAGGGCAAGGCACCAAGCAGACGGGCAUGGCGACGGAGUGAGAUUCCGGUUUUAGAUCUUACAGGAGAGGACUGAGCAUUGCAUACCUAACCGGGUUUGGGGAUAUUAUAGACAUGAACGAUAUACAGAUGGGUGGGGGAUAGAAACGACCGGGUGAUGAGAUGAUGAUACCCUUAGAUCUAAUUUAG